UGGCCUGGGUUGCACGGUCAUGUGCACGGUCAACCGCGCUUUUUGGUAACGCCUUGGAAAACAUUUAAUGAAUAGAUAAUUGAUCGUAUAAAUACAUAAGGAUGGCUUCGUCAACCGUACUACGGGUCAAACGGAGGUUAGAGGAGAACCCACAGGACACAUUAGUGCUUAUGUGCAAACGAAUAAAAACUGACAAGGAAGAAAUAUCUCCAUCACUGUUUGUUUUUCGGGGAACGGUUGAUGAUCAGGAAACAGCACAUGUGAAAAACUUACUCCCAAAUAUAGAUAUAAAACAGCAAACAGUUCCUAAUGUGGACAGUAUCAUAGACAAAUUGAGGAAAGAGCGCAAAGAGGUUGCAACAAAAAGUCGUUAUGAAAUUGUUAACUGUAGCAGAGGUUUGAAAGACAGUGAGACUGAUGCAGACGGUGAAGAUAUACUGAAUCUAAUAGAUCUGCAGAAAACAGAAGAUAAAGAUGAUAAUCUCAUGUAUGCCUAUGAUGUGUACACUAGUGUGAAACAGGAAUUUGAUAUAUCUAUGAUAGAUAACUUAGUUGGAGUAGAAUCCGGCCUAGUAAUAGAGUCAUAUGACCCCACACAAGACUCAGACGUGGAAGCUGAUGAUGAUGAUGAUUCUAAUGAUGAGAACAACUGGAGAAAUGAUUACCCUGACUCGGAACCCAGCAGCAUAGACUUGGAAGAUAUGGUGCAAGCUAUGCAGAGGGUUGAUAUUGAUGACGACUUAUCCAGCGAUACAGGUGAAGACAAAAUCUACGAUGAUCCCCCAGACUUAUUCAAGGAUGAUGUGGAGAAAUACGGUGAAGCAUACGCUAAAUACAAAGCCAAGAUUCUCUCACAAAACCCAGAUUUGUCUAACAAUAGGAGUUUAAUACAUUGUUCGAAGCUUGAAGACGAUGGGUACAAGGAUGAUAGUGAUGAUGGAUUUUAUUAUGGAGAAGAUGAGGAUACGGAGCAGUUUAAAGAGCAAUAUAGAGAAGAUGAUUCUUCAGAUGAAUAUAGUCCAGAUUAGAAUGGGUUAAUUGGCAGAUAGUAAUCAUAAUGGUGUUUAUUUUGGCAUUGCAGUCUACCUGGCACAUGCUAGGAGAGGCUAAUGUGCAGCACAUCCACAUACUAUUAAUAUUAUAAAUGUGAAAGUUUGUGAGAAUGGAUGUAUGUUUGUUAUUCUUUCAUGCAAAAACAGCUAGACCGAUUUUGUUGAAAUUUGGUUUGUAGAUAGGUGAUAAUCUGGAUUAACGCAUAGACUAUUCUUUACCAACACACCACGCAGGCGAAGCCGCGGGCGGAAUCUAUAAAGCGGAACAUAUAUGUAAUUAAAUGAUAUGGAAGUCAAAUAUAAAAUAGGCAGCAAAUUUAAAAGGUAUUUCUAUUAUAAUAAUGUAAGCCAUUGUGAUUACCAUUAUCUGCAUUAGAUCUAGUCUUAGGGUAAUAAAUGUUUAUAUAUUUUUUAA